UUUACUUUUUGCAAACCCUGCACAUUUGGUAAUAAAAACGCAGACAGCUGUGAAAAAAUUCGUUACUCGUUUGAAAUACGUGCGCGACAAUGGUCGAUAAAUUUAUAUUAUUUCUAAUUCUCUUACAAGUCCUACGUGUUCAGUGUUCGUCCUUUGAGGAUGUCGACGAUGAGGAUUCCGGUUCAAUAGAGAUCCCGGCCAGGUUUCUUCAGUCCAAGUCCAAUAAAGGCAGCCACAAUGAGAUAAUAAAGCAGGUAGAGAAACAGGAUAAUCUGUCCCUUUUGGAAUUUAUUGGAAGGGUUUUGAACACGGCUCAACACAGGUGCAAGAUGGCCGUGGAGAGGGCAAAGAAACGAGCUUCUCUCUCUAAAACUAUCACCGAGGAUGCAGAGAAACUGCUGCAGGCUGCAGCUCACAUUAAACUCUGAUCUUGACAAGAUUUCUAUUUAAUCUAUUUAUUGUUA